CUCUCUCUCCAAAAUCAGAAUCCACGCGAUCGUAAUUCAUUAUUCUUUUUGAGGGAGAGCUUGGAGGGAGCUCUGUUCUCUCUCUCUCUAUGUGUCUGUCUUAUUUGUAAAAUUACCAAGAUUCCAUCUUCUUCUUCUUCUUGUUCUUCUUCUUGUUCAAGCCCUAGAGAAUCCAUGUUUUGUUCAAUUGCAAAAUAAGAUCUUUUUAUUUAGCCAAAGCCCCUCUCCCCAUUUUGUCAAUCAAUGGCUGCAGAGCUAGGGCAACAAACGGUGGACUUCUCCACCCUCGUCAGUCGGGCCACCGAGGAAUCCUUCCUCUCCCUCAAGGAACUCGUUGAGAAAUCCAAGGCCUCCGACCAGUCCGACUCCGAGAAGAAGAUUAGCAUCCUCAAGUAUUUGGUCAAGACCCAGCAGCGUAUGCUCCGGCUAAAUGUCCUCGCCAAGUGGUGCCAACAGGUUCCUUUGAUACAGUACUGUCAACAACUUGCAUCCACCUUGUCGAGUCAUGAUACUUGCUUCACUCAGGCUGCAGAUUCAUUGUUUUUCAUGCAUGAGGGGCUACAGCAAGCUCGUGCUCCUGUGUAUGAUGUUCCUUCUGCAGUUGAAGUUCUUUUAACGGGAACAUAUGAGCGUUUACCUAAAUGUAUUGAAGAUGUAGGUAUGCAGAGCACAUUAAAUGAGGAUCAGCAAAAACCAGCAUUGAAAAAGUUGGACACUCUGGUACGGUCUAAACUAUUAGAAGUUUCACUACCAAAAGAAAUUUCUGAGGUCAAAGUUUCUGAAGGUACUGCACUCCUUCGUGUGGAUGGGGAAUUUAAGGUGCUAGUUACUCUUGGUUACCGUGGACACCUAUCCCUGUGGAGGAUAUUACAUAUGGAGCUGCUUGUUGGUGAAAGAGGUGGCCCCAUUAAGCUGGAGGAAUCGAGGCGGCAUGCUCUUGGGGAUGAUUUAGAGCGUAGAAUGGCUGCCGCAGAAAAUCCGUUUAUAACAUUGUACUCGGUUCUUCAUGAGCUAUGUGUUGCACUCAUUAUGGAUACUGUCAUAAGGCAAGUACAAGCUCUUCGACUAGGAAGAUGGAGAGAUGCAAUUCGGUUUGAACUCAUAUCUGAUGGAACUAUGGGUCAUGGGGGGAAUGUCAUAAAUCAAGAUGGAGAAACUGAUGCAUCUGGUCUGCGAACUCCUGGAUUAAAAAUUAUUUACUGGUUGGAUUUGGAUAAAAACACUGGUAUUCCUGACUCAGGGUCAUGCCCCUUUAUAAAAAUUGAACCUGGACCAGAUCUGCAGAUAAAAUGUCUUCAUAGCACAUUUGUUAUAGAUCCAUUAACUGGGAAGGAGGCCGAUUUUUCACUUGAUCAAAAUUGCAUUGAUGUUGAGAAAUUGCUAUUACGAGCUAUAUCUUGUAAUAGAUACACUCGUCUCCUUGAGAUCCAGAAAGACCUUGCAAAAAAUGUUCAAAUCUCUCGCGCUUCUGGUGAUGUUGUGCUUCAGUCCCGAAUGGAAGAAGCUGAUAUCGACUCCAAAAAGAAAGAUUAUAAGGCCAAUACCAGAGAAAAUGAAGGGCAGGAAGUAUUACGUGUGCGUGCGUAUGACUCAUCAUUUUUUACCUUGGCAAUAAAUAUAAGGACUGGUCGCUAUCUUCUCCUGUCAUCCCCAGGUAUUAUUGAAUCAUCAGCUUUGCUAGAAUUUGAAGAUGCUUUAAACCAGGGAAGUAUGAAUGCUGCUGAAGUUUUCAUAAGCUUGAGAAGCAAAAGUAUCUUGCACUUAUUUGCAUCUAUCAGCCGGUUUUUAGGCCUUGAGGUAUAUGAGCAUGGUUUUUCUGCAGUUAAAGUACCAAAGAACAUCUUGAAUGGUUCUUCUGCAUUGCUGAUGGGGUUUCCGGACUGUGGGAGUUCUUAUUUUCUGCUGAUGCAACUUGAUAAGGAGUUUAAACCCCAAUUUAAAUUGCUAGAGACUCAGUCAGAACUGUCUGGCAAAGCUUAUUCUUUCAAUGACCUAAAUCAGGUGAUUCGCUUUAAGAAAAUUGACAUUGGCCAGAUGCAGAUUCUUGAAGAUGAAAUGACUUUGAGCUUGUUUGACUGGCAAAAACUAAACUCCUUUUUACCCAGUGCUGGGGGUCCUAAUCAGGCUUCUGAAAAUGGGCUUCUUCCUGAUGUUAGCCUUGAGGGUUCCAUGCAAGUUGCAGGAUGCCCACCAUCAAGCUUCUCAUCUAUUGUUGAUGAAGUUUUUGAACUUGAGAGAGGCUCUCCCAUUCCUAUGAACGUUUCCAUGAAUUUUCAUUCCAUAAAAGCUGGAACACCAUCUCCUAAAUGGGAAGGAAGUAUGCAGGUAUCCCAGAUUAACAAUGGUCCAAAAAUUUCAAGUAUGGUUACCCAUUAUAAUGGCCCCUUAUAUUCUUCAAGCAAUUUGAAGGGCCCACUACAGUCAACUUCUCAUGGCUCCCUAUCAUCUGGCCCAGGAAGGACCAACUCUGUUAAAAAGUUAUCUGCUUCAAAAUCUGAUCAGGAUUUGGCUUCUCUUAGGUCUCCACAGUCAGUUGAGUUUGGUUCUUCUACUUCAUUGGAUGAAGAUCAGCUGAGAUUGCUAAAUGAUACGUCAAACAGUUCAAAAUAUUCAUUAUAUGGGAGGACUUCUCGCCUAUUAUCUCCACCUCGACCCACUGGCCCUCGAAUCUCUGUGUCGAAUGUGAAACCUAAUGGACCCAGAAGUUCACCUACUGGGCCUCUAACUGGAUCUUUCAGGGUUGCUGGAUCAAGCUCAUGUGCAACAACUCCCAUAUCCCAGGCACUUGAUUCAGCUGUAUGUCAGAGUCCUAGUCAAGAUGUUGUUCCAAAACAUGAUAGAAAUCCUCGAAAGCGUACAGUUUCAGAUAUGUUGAAUUUGAUUCCAUCGCUUCAAGAUGUAGAAGCCAAUUCAGGAUUUUGUAAGAGAAGGAAAGUCUUGGAAGCAGCUCGUGCUCAACAAUCAUCACUGCAGGUGCUUAUGCCAAUGGAAAUGGUUUCAAAAGCCGAUAGUUACAGUUAUGGAAAUCUUAUUGCUGAAGCUAAUAGAGGAAAUGCACCUUCAAGUGUUUAUGUUUCAGCGCUUCUUCAUGUGGUUAGGCACUGUUCACUUUGUAUCAAACAUGCAAGAUUAACUAGCCAGAUGGAGGAGCUGGACAUCCCAUAUGUUGAAGAAGUGGGUUUAAGACGUGGAUCCUCGAACAUAUGGCUCCGACUACCAUUUGCAAGAGGUGAUACAUGGCAACAUAUAUGUUUGCGGCUUGGCAGACCUGGAAGCAUGUAUUGGGAUGUUAAGAUUAAUGACCAGCACUUCAGGGAUUUGUGGGAGCUUCAGAAAGGAAGCAGUAGCACACCAUGGGGCUCAGGCGUUCGCAUUGCCAAUACAUCUGAUAUAGAUUCUCAUAUCCGAUAUGAUCCAGAAGGUGUUGUUCUCAGUUAUCAAUCUGUUGAGGCUGAUAGUAUAAAGAAGUUAGUGGCAGAUAUCCAAAGGCUGUAUAAUGCAAGGAUGUUUGCCCUUGGGAUGAGGAAACUGCUUGGAGUAAGGGCAGAUGAGAAGCCAGAAGAAAGUGUUACAAACACCGAUGUUAAAGCAUCAGUUGGGUUUAAAGGCUCUCUUGAGGCAGUUGAUCGACUAUCGGAACAGAUGAGAAGGGCGUUUAGGAUUGAGGCAGUUGGGCUAAUGAGUUUGUGGUUUAGUUUUGGGUCAGGUGUUGUGGCUCGUUUUGUUGUCGAGUGGGAAUCAGAUAAAGAAGGAUGCACGAUGCAUGUUUCUCCUGACCAACUAUGGCCUCAUACCAAGUUUUUGGAGGAUUUUAUAAAUGGAGCUGAAGUUGCAUCCCUUUUGGACUGCAUUCGACUUACUGCAGGACCCUUACAUGCUCUUGCAGCUGCAACUCGUCCUGCAAGAGCUGGUCCUAUUCCAGGGGUCCCUGGGGUAGCAGCAGCACUUUCUUCUCUCCCAAAGCAGGCUGGGUAUCUACCAUCCCAGGGACUUCUGCCUAGUGGUUCAACCUCAAAUGUCAGUCAGGUUCCUUCAGGCCCUGGGGUGAACCCAGUUGCAGCUACUGCAGCUGGUCCUCUUGCAAAUCAUAACCUUCAUGGCCCUGCGAUGUUGGCUGCAGCUGGCAGAGGUGGCCCUGGCAUUGUACCUAGCUCACUGUUGCCCAUUGAUGUCUCUGUUGUUCUACGUGGCCCCUACUGGAUACGUAUCAUAUAUCGCAAACACUUUGCAGUUGACAUGCGUUGCUUUGCAGGAGACCAGGUUUGGCUGCAACCAGCAACACCACCGAAAGGUGGCCCUUCAGUUGGGGGAUCAUUGCCUUGCCCCCAAUUUCGACCAUUUAUAAUGGAACAUGUUGCCCAAGAAUUAAAUGGUUUAGAGCCAAGUUUUUCUGGUGGUCAACAGACAGGAGGUUUGGCGAAUUCAAAUAAUCAAAACUCAGGUGCAGGAUCUCAACUAUCAACUGCCAAUGGAAAUAGAGUUAACCUUCCUAGCUCUGCUUCAAUUUCUAGGACAAGCAACCAAGUGGCUGGUUUAAACCGUAUGGGAAAUGGUCCUCCAGGAUCUUCAAAUUUGGCUGUUGUGAGCUCAGGAGUACCUUUACGUAGAUCCCCAGGCACAGGUGUUCCAGCACAUGUAAGAGGAGAAUUAAAUACAGCCAUCAUUGGGCUUGGGGAUGAUGGUGGCUAUGGAGGUGGUUGGGUUCCUCUUGUUGCUCUUAAGAAGGUGCUCAGAGGCAUACUCAAGUACCUUGGAGUGUUAUGGCUGUUUGCUCAGCUACCAGAUCUGUUGAAAGAGAUCCUUGGGUCUAUCUUAAAGGACAAUGAAGGAGCACUCUUAAAUUUGGACCAGGAGCAGCCUGCCUUGCGUUUCUUUGUGGGGGGAUAUGUAUUUGCAGUAAGCGUCCACAGAGUUCAACUUCUUCUUCAAGUCCUUAGUGUGAAGCGAUUCCACCAUCAGCAGCAACAACAACAGCAGCAAAACUCAACCACUGCCCAAGAGGAGCUAACUCAAUCUGAAAUAGGCGAGAUAUGUGAUUACUUCAGCCGCCGUGUUGCAUCAGAGCCCUAUGAUGCAUCUCGUGUUGCAUCAUUCAUUACUCUUCUCACCUUACCUAUAUCGGUUUUAAGAGAAUUCUUGAAACUAAUUGCAUGGAAAAAAGGUCUAGCCCAGGCACAAGGAGGAGAUGUAGCUCCUGCACAAAAGCCUCGAAUUGAAUUAUGUCUUGAAAAUCAUGCUGGGUUGAAUAUGGAUUAUAGCUCAGAGAAUUCAUCUGUAGCCAAAAGCAACAUCCAUUAUGAUCGGCCUCACAAUUCUGUUGAUUUUGCUUUGACCGUUGUUCUUGAUCCUGCUCAUAUACCAUACAUAAAUGCUGCAGGUGGUGCUGCUUGGUUGCCUUACUGUGUCUCUGUGAGGUUGAGGUAUUCGUUCGGUGAAAACCCUAAUGUGUCUUUUCUUGGUAUGGAGGGAAGCCAUGGAGGUCGGGCUUGCUGGUUACGUGUUGAUGAUUGGGAGAAAUGUAAACAGAGGGUUGCUCGAACAGUGGAAGUUAAUGGAGGCUCAGCAGGUGACAUUAGUCAAGGAAGGUUGAGAAUAAUUGCUGACAAUGUGCAAAGAACCUUGAAUCUGUGUCUACAAGGGUUAAGGGAUGGUGGUGGGGUUACUGCAAGCUCCGUGGCAACAUGAUUGGUUGGUGCUGCCACACAUAUGUAUAUUAACCCAUUUGGAUUCUGGAGAAAGUUUGGGUAUUCAUCAUGGCUUAUUUUCCAUAUGCUGGUGUUAUAGAGGAUCUUGCAGUGAUAAAUAAAAGAUUAACUAAAUCCUGGAUGAGAGUAGAAAUGGUGUUUAAAUUGUGCGCUUGCAAUAGUUAGUGGGAAGUCGACCAUACAAGGGCUUUUGUCUUCUGUUUUGUUGGCUGACUUAGAUCUUCUGAGUAGGGUUUAUGAUGUUUUGGACCUAGAUCAUCUGAUAAGUAGGGUGUACAAUGUUUUUGACGAGAAGGGCACUGUAUCUUGGGAAAAUUACUUAGGAUGCUUGUUUUCCUUGUAUAGAUCACACUUGAUUGUAAAAAUUUUGUUAUGCUGAAGUAGUUUUAUACUCGAGCACAUUUGAAAAUUCAAUUACGAUAUUUUUAAAACUUAA